AUGAAGCUUCGGGUGGCGUGUGUUCAGUUGAAUGCACGAUUAGGAAAGGUGGACUUGAACAUUGCCAAAGUCAAACACCUCUUAUCCAAGGUUAAAAAGGACAUUGAUCUCAUCUUACUUCCCGAAUUUGCAGUAACUGGUUACAACUUCUCAGGUAGAGAUGAGAUCGAACCAUACCUCGCCAAAGCAGGGUCAGGACCCUCGGCCACUCUUGCACAGGAUCUAUCAAAACAAUACAAUUGUACUACUGUCAUUGGAUAUCCAGAAAGAUUUGAAGACAAGAUAUAUAACUCUGCCAUGGUCAUAGAUGAUCAAGGUUCGUUGGUCCACAAUUAUAGAAAGACGCACCUUUAUGACACAGACGAGGCCUUUGGAUGCUCAGAAAAUCCCGACAAGAGUUUUAGCCCCGUUGCUUUAAAGCUAGGCAAGGGUGAACAAAAAUCGAGCAUCUUGACAAGUAUCGGCAUAUGCAUGGACCUUAAUCCCUACAAAUUCAAGGCUCCAUUUUAUGAAUACGAGUUUGCAUCAUCUUGCUUUGUUAACAAUUCGUCCCUUAUUCUUGUCCCUACUGCGUGGCUUUCCGAGAAUUCACCAUCCAUCAACGAAGAAUUAAGCAAGGAGGAGAAACUCAAGAGAGGCCAGGUUCUCGAGAAGCAAUUCGAGGAUCAACCGGAUUACCCGAUUCAAGAUGCUGAUAAGCCUAACACCCUGACAGUAAACUACUGGAUACUUCGCUUCUUCCCAUUUUUGUCACAUCUCAGAAACUAUUUCCCCAGAAAGAAAUCGAGAACGACAGUGGUUGUUUGCAAUAGAGUUGGAGUUGAAAAGGACACUAUGUACACAGGGUCAAGCUCUAUUUAUCAGUUCGAUCCUUCACAGCCUGACUCUGAUCACAUCGACCAGCAGAAUGGAAGCGUGCAAGUCUUGGGUAGCCUUGGACAGGCCACCGAAGGAGUUUUGUACAGAGAAAUCGAGCUCUAG